GGGCGCCCCGAGCCAAACCCUAGGGAACCCCACCGCCUCGGUCCUGCAGGCCCCAGGCCCGUGAGGCUCUGUCGGGAUUUGUCGCAUUGGGGAGAGCAAGGGAAGCGAACGCUGUGCAUUUGUCCAAACUCUUUUUUGGAAGCAGCGGUGAACGGCAUCGUGCACGACGUGGACGCGCUGGGCCCAGGGAUCCGGCUGGUGACGCUGCUGGUGGACCGGGACGGGCUGUACAAGAUGAACCGCCUGUACGUCACUCCGGACGGCUUUUUCUUCCGAGUGCACAUCCUGGCCCUGGACUCCUCCAAUUGCAAUAAGACAUGUCCAGAAUUUAAACCUGGCAGCAGGUAUAUUGUGAUGGGCCACAUCUACCAUAAGAGACGGCAGCUCCCUACAGCUCUGCUCCAGGUCCUAAGAGGGCGCCUCCGACCAGGAGAUGGACUGCUCUGGAGCAGCAGCAGCUACGUGAAAAGGUUUAACCGAAAAAGGGAUGUGCAAGUUCAAGGUGCAAUUCACACCCAAUGCAUUUGAACUUACCAUCCUGGCAUUUCUGGAUCAUGAGAGACUUGGGAUUGAUCAAGACAGGAAAGGUCUACCUUCGUGUAACGGGACCUUCCUUUAGAACAGGGCACAGGGCUCCUUUAUAUGAACUAGUUGUGUAGUUCCAACUCUAAUCAUGAAGUUGUCAGCAUACUUACAGAAUGCUUCCGAGCUCGGCGGCAAAGCUAUUCUAGUGCGAGCUAUGCACACAGCUGCUGACCUGUCCCGUCAACAGAUCACUGCUUCAUGCUGUUUAUUUUUUAUUAUUUUAAUUUCAAUACAUUCUCAGAAAUAGUUCACACAAAAAACAUUUCCUGGAUUUUAUAUACAACUUUGAAUAGCUUGUAUCACGUAUCAAACCAAAUUUUAUACCUAAGCCAUCACAUUUUAAGUUUUGUACAGAACAGUAAGUGCACUAGUCAAAGACAUGUAUGAUGUCAUAUAGAUCCAACAGAUGGGUCAGAGCCCAAAACAAGUUAUAAAGUUUUACACUUCAAAGAAGACUAAAGGGCUUAAUUCAAGCAAAAUAUUAUUCAAACAAGUGUUUUUGAUGUACCAAAGUGUAAGAUAGUUUAUUUUCCUGCCUCUCUGUUCCUAAAAAUGUUUUGUGCUGAACUGACUGCUGUCCCAGUGCUAAACAUAUUCAGGGUGUAUCUGAUGUCAUUUUUCUAUUAAGAUCAAGUAUGAUGUUUGUGUUGUAAAGCAGUAAAUCUUGCCUUGAAAUCGGA